AUGAGUUUCGGCUUUCACCAUCGCGACUUUUUGACCAAGUGUGAUAGUACCAGAGAGAAACUCUUUCUCUCUGAUAGUACCUGUCAGUUUACAGUUAACACACACCUCUCUCGUUUCUCCGUUUCUUAAUGACUACGUUACAAACGGAGAUACGAAAGAAAUGAGUAACACCUGUUUUGUAGAUCUUAGUGGAAUCUACAAUUUUUGUCGAAACAUUUUUCGCUAGGACCUACAAGUAAGGAGUAAUUUAAUUAACAAUGUCAUAGUCUAUCCAGUCGAUCCUGCCAUUCCUACCAGACGUCGGGACUUGUCAAACGGAAUUGAGUGCUACUACCCUGGCCCGGCCGUUCGUCACGGUUUUAAAACGAUUUAAGAUAAAACUAACGAGAAACAAUGAGUAAUUACACCGUGGUAACACCGGAUUUCGUGAACGUUUCGAUCACGACGUCAAAUCAAAGUUCUUACUGCGUGGAAAGACGAUUUCAGAAAAGCAUAAGCGUCGACGAAUUCAAGGGAAAACUGGAGUUGGUCACCGGUGGUAAUUCCCAGACGAUGAGAGUUGAAGCUUACGACAAGAACGACAAGCUGAUCUGCACCCUGGAUGACAACCAGCGACUGCUAGGGUCCUAUCCCAUCGACGAUGGAACCAGAAUUCAUGUGAUUGACAGUUUCUACACCAAUGAGAACCUGGGCAAUGUGGAGAAAUUCGAGAUCACCGAAGAAGAAUAUGCCAAGAGAACAGAUACUGUAAAGGCAUUUCUGGCAAAGAACAAGCUUGGCAAAUACAACGAGGAAGAGGCGAAGCGUAGGCAAGAGGAGAAAAGGCAAGAAGAAACCGCCGAAGAGGAAGCGGCAAACAGAUGCAAGAUCGGUGAUCGCUGCGAAGUGUUUGUGCCUAACCAACCCAAACGAAGGGCCACGGUGAUGUACGUAGGUAAGACGGAUUUCAAGGACGGCUAUUGGAUCGGCGUGAAAUACGACGAACCUCUUGGGAAGAACAACGGAACAGUAAACGGUAAGAAGUACUUCGAGUGCCCCCCGAAGUACGGUGGAUUCAUCAAGCCGGCGUACAUCAAAGUCGGAGAUUUCCCGGAGGAGGAAUUCGACUUGGACGAAGAGCUUUAAUAAUUGAGAAUGAAAAUAAAAUCGUCUUUGUUUAUCGAA